AUGAAGAGCAUGCGCUUAGUACAGCGCAAUGCCAGUAUGCGGCACCUCUUAGCUGCGCGCCCUGCGGCGCACCAGUCUCGAGCUCCUCUCCAGCAGUCUUUCCGCACCAGACCAACGCUACAGCAGACCGUGCAGACAACAUCCCUCUCGCGCAUGAUUCACACCCAGCGAGUGACAACGACCUCACCUUCUCAAAUACUCCGCUCUGCUAGGCUACAACAGCCACCCCGAAGACCCGCGGGUCGCCGCUACAAAUCCUCUACAUCCACCCCAGACGCGGAGCCGACGUCGCUCAAGGACCGGCUCAAGAAAAUGUCGCGCGAGUACGGCUGGACCGCCGUGGGCGUAUACUUGGCGCUCUCGGCGCUGGACUUCCCGUUCUGCUUCCUCGCCGUGCGGUUGAUCGGCACGGAUACAAUCGGGCAUUAUGAGCAUGUGGUGAUGGAGGGUGUGAAGAAUCUGGUGAAAUGGCCGAUCCGGGAAGCCGCAGGUGAUGUGGUCGGGGAGGCGGAGGUCGCGGACGACAAGAGGGUCUUGGAUGAAAAGAGCGAGGAGGAGGUGCUGAACGAUCAUGGGUAUAGGGAGGCCGAGAGGGCGAAUCGCGGGGAUAAUGCAAGUCUAUGGACACAACUUGCUCUCGCGUACGCGGUGCAUAAGUCGUUUAUCUUCAUUCGGGUGCCGUUGACGGCAGCAAUCUUGCCCAAGGUGGUCAAGACACUGAGGUCUUGGGGGUACAAUAUUGGGAAGAUGCCAACUAGGAAGGCGGUCACGCCUAGCACGGGCGUGAAUACUAAAGGGUCGAAGGUUAAGCCUGGUGAUUGA